AUGUCUAUGAACAUUCAAGUUCCGUGUGGCUCAAUCGUGGAAGAGGAUCAAAACCCUGAUUAUAACCCAAAGAACUUUUAUCCUACGCGAGUUGGAGAGACAAUACAAGGGAAAAGAUGGCGCUGGCAAAGCAAUAAAUAUGUGGCCCUAAAGAUUACAAACUCCAAGAUCGAAGACCAGAAAGCGGCCCGAGAAGAAGUGCAAUUCUUCAAACACAUAUCCAAUCUUUAUUCCACCCAUGCUGGUAGUGGUCUGAUACGGCGGUUUGAGGAGUCGUUUGAGAUACAAGGCCCAUUUGGUACUCAUGUCUGUUUGGUGUUUGAACCAAUGAGAGAACCGAUAUGGUUUGUAGGAAAGCGUCUUGGAUGUACCAGUCUUCCCUCAGCGGUUGCCAAAGCAUUCGUUAAAGUGAUUGUGACAAGUCUUGAUUUUUUACACUCUGAAUGCCACAUCAUCCACACAGACCUAAAAUCCGAUAACUUCCUUUUGGCAUUUGAAGAUUCAGCUAUUAUCGAAGAAUAUGUGCGUCAGCAGGAGAAGAGCCCAGCUCCAUUUAAGGAUGGUGAUGGACACCCCGCAUUUGGAAAAAUUAGACUUAGUGAUUUCGGAGCUGCCGUAUUCGGCAAUGUUUCAACCCCACAUAGCCAUGAUAUCCAGCCUUUUGAAUUUACUGCGCCAGAGGUGCUACUGAGAGGAACAUGGACCUAUAGCGCUGAUAUUUGGAAUUUGGGAAUGAUGCUAUGGGAGCUGUUAGCAGAUACUUCCUUGCUCAAUGGCAUUGGCCCUGGGUGUACGUCUUAUUCUCAUGAAGCACAUCUUGGACAGAUGAUACGACUUCUCGGACCUCUGCCGUUGGAGUUAUUAAACAGGGCCGAUAAAAAUGUAGUUUCAACACUAUUUUCGGAUCAAGGUGAUUUCAAAUAUCCUCAUUUGGUACCUUCGGAAGACUUCAAUUUCUCGACUCUUACCCCCUUCUUUGAAGGCGAAGAUAAAUGA